AUCCUCUUCAAAAGAAAUUUUUUUAUCUUUUUUUUUCCUUAUAAAAUAAUAUGUCUGCCUUCAUUGGAAAGUAUGCAGAGGAGCUGAUAAAAACAGCGAAAUACAUAGCAACACCAGGAAAAGGCAUCCUCGCCGCAGACGAAAGCACAGGCACAAUUGGCAAACGUUUAGCAAGCAUCAAUGUCGAAAACAUCGAAUCAAACCGGCAAGCUCUCCGGCAACUACUCUUCACCACACCGGAAGCCUUAACCUAUCUCUCCGGAGUAAUCCUCUUUGAAGAAACACUCUACCAAAAGACGACCGACGGCAAGCCCUUCGUCGAUGUACUACUCGAAAACAAUGUAAUUCCAGGUAUCAAAGUUGAUAAAGGAGUUGUCGAGCUCGCCGGAACCAAUGGCGAGACGACGACUCAAGGGUUCGAUUCUCUCGGCUCUCGAUGUCAGCAAUACUAUAAAGCCGGUGCUCGAUUCGCAAAAUGGAGAGCUGUUUUAAAGAUCGGUGUUAUCGAACCUUCGGCUUUAGCAAUCGAAGAGAAUGCGAGAGGGCUUGCGAGAUAUGCGAUGAUUUGUCAGGAGAAUGGACUUGUGCCAAUUGUGGAGCCGGAGGUGCUCACUGAUGGAAAUCAUGAUGUGAAGAAAUGCGCCGCCGUGACUGAGGUGGUUCUUGCGGCGGUUUACAAGGCUUUGAAUGAUCAUCAUGUGCUCUUGGAAGGGACUUUGCUUAAGCCUAAUAUGGUCACUCCUGGCUCAGACAGCCCUAAGGUAGCCGCAGAAGUGAUAGCAGAGUACACGGUGACCGCACUAAGACGAACAGUCCCGCCUGCCGUCCCCGGCAUCGUAUUCCUCUCCGGCGGGCAAAGUGAAGAAGAAGCAACAAAGAACCUAAACGCAAUGAACAAGUUAGAAGUACUCAAACCAUGGACUCUUUCAUUUUCUUUCGGUAGAGCUUUACAACAAAGCACAAUCAAAAAAUGGUGCGGUAAGACAGAAAAUGUGCCGGCGGCACAACAAGCUUUUCUUGAUCGAUGUAAAGCAAACUCUGCGGCAACUCUCGGCAAAUACAUCGGCGGCGAAGGCGGAGAUGCGGCGGCUUCGGAGAGCUUGCAUGUCAAGGGAUACAAGUAUUAGUUAGAAAGUUUCGGUGAAACUAUAUGUCUAUCUUAACAUGCAUUUUGCAUUCAACUCUUGUGAUAAUUAUUAUUAACUCUUGUUCCUCUCA